UCGCACUGCCCUCAAAUGCAAGCGAGUCCGCCUAGGCAGCGCUACGUUUCCGGGGUUCUGCUCCGAUCCGAUCCGACUCGAUUCGAUUCGAUCCGCUUCCGUUUGUCAGUGCUCAGAAGCCGUCGCCACCAGAGGCCGUUGCCCGAAUUGAUCUAAGCGCAGAAUAACCAACGAAUAAAAAAGUGAAAAUGUGCCAGAAAUCAGCCGGAAAAGGCUAUUAAUUAAACAGUAAAAACAAGGACGAAGGACCACGCCCGGGGAAGUGGGAGAGCGCCGUGCCCUCCGGCGGACAGUGUCCGGCUGUCAGUUGGUCAAACAGUUCAUCAAUAAACGAUUCGACUUCCGUUUCAUUGCGUGUCCUUACCUGUGCAUGUAUGCGUGUGUGUGAAUGUGUGUGUGCGUGUGAGCUGAGGAAACUUUGCAACUUCCGGCCAAGUGACUUCGAUUUAAUUUCUUUGGCUUUUUUAUGGUCAAGGCAUUUAAUUAAUUUUACUAUGGCAAUUUGAUCGUCUGCUGGUCUGCUGAACUCUGACCCCUAGCCCUGUGGCACACACAAAACAAGGAGCCAGCAAAAGGAGGAGGACCCAGCCACACCCAUUUCCACCGAACUAUUGACAUGUAGUUCGCACCGAAGGUGAACUCCAACGUUCUGUGAUAGACGAGUAUACGAGCAGCCAAUCCCCUUGGGAUUCUGCCCCCAAUCGGUUCUCGAUUCAAUCAAAUUGAAUCCCGAAUCAGACAGCGAAUCGAAGGUGAUCUUAACUUUUGGAGCGGCUAUCAGAAACAGCGACAAACUGUCGACUCUGUCGAUACGCAACUUCUCGGCAAACAUGCUGAACAAUCUUGGGGCCAAUGUGCUGGGUCCCAAGGAUUGUGACCUGCCCAAGGCCGCGUUAACAGCGCUGCACGCGGGCGUCAACAGUUUUGGCCAACUGCCCGUGGGUCCCAACUUGGCCGACCUUGGCGGCGGUGCUGGAGGUGGAUCCUCUGGCGGAGUUCCGGUGGGCGGGGGCGUGGCACGCCUACACAUUUCCGGCGGACUGUGCGACAACUCCAAUGCGCUGAACAGCGGGAACGGAAACAGUGGCAACGGAAACGGCAACAACAACGGCAACAGCAACAACAACAACAUGCAGCAACAGGAUCAGCACCUGGACAAAAACAAGCAGAAGCGCCACCGCACCCGCUUCACACCCGCCCAGCUAAAUGAGCUGGAGCGCUGCUUCUCGAAGACCCACUACCCGGACAUCUUCAUGCGGGAGGAGAUCGCCAUGCGGAUCGGCCUGACCGAGUCACGUGUUCAGGUCUGGUUCCAGAACCGUCGCGCCAAGUGGAAGAAGCGCAAGAAGACCACCAACGUGUUCCGCACCCCGGGCGCCCUGCUGCCCUCCCAUGGACUUCCGCCGUUCGGGGCCAACAUCACCAACAUCGCCAUGGGCGAUGGCCUCUGCGGCACGGGAAUGUUCGGCGGGGAUCGCUGGAGUGUGGGCGUCAACCCCAUGACGGCAGGCUUUGGCCAGCUGAAUCAGUCCUCGCCACUCUCGUCCUCGCUGAACAGCGGCCUGAACUCGGGCAUUAACAUGGGCUCCGCCCUGGGAGCGGGCAGCUAUCAGCACUACGGCCUGAAUGCUCUGGGCGACUCCAUGAUGUACCAGCACAGUGUGGGCGGGGUCAGCUGUGGGCCCAGUGGUUCGCCGAGCGCCACCACCCCGCCGAACAUGAACAGCUGCUCGUCGGUGACCCCGCCGCCACUUUCCGCGCAGCCGAACUCCAGCCAAAACGAGCUGAACGGCGAGCCCAUGCCGCUGCACCAGCAACAACAACAGCAGGCUCACCAGCAGCAGCAGCAGCAAACUCACCAACACCAUCCACAGAUGGCGCCACCGACACCCACACAGCAGCAACAGGACGCAGGACUUCCGCUCUGCCACCAGUCCAUGCAGUCGCCGACAGAUGGCGCCACCGAUGACGACGUGUGGCGAGGUCACAGCAUCGCCGCGCUGCGACGGCGGGCGUCGGAGCUCAAUGCCACCGCUAUUCCAUCCUAUUUACAUCAUCACAAUUACGAGCAUCACAAUUCGGUCUACUGAAAUUUGUUGAAGAGCUUCGAAAGCUUUUCGGAUUACGGGUUCACCAACUGCGGAGGUCCUGAUUUGGGCUAGGAUGUUGUAAUUGUAAAGUUCGUGUAAUAGCCGGCCGUUGGGGAUUCCGAUUGCGAAACUGCGGCAGCGAAGCGUUAUAAGAUAACCAAAACCUAGGCUAAGGGCAUUGUACAAUUUAUGUGUUUGCAUUAUUUGUUUUAUGAUUUCCCAGAUUAAACUUAAAAGACUAUAAUGAAUGUAAACCAUGUAUACGAGAAACGAAGCUUGAGAAGGCACUAACGAUUGGAUAGCCACUAUUACGUGUGUAUUCGCAACUAGCUCCUAAGCCAACUACGAAACUAUUCCCGCAUGAAUAUGUAGACAUUAGACGUAACAUUUGCCCCAUAGUAUACGAAAACUGUAUAAACUAGAUCGCCCGCGAGGACAAGUACGAAAAGUAUCCUCGAGGCGUCACAAUAAUUUUUGGCAAGGCGAUUCCCCGGAACUCACGCUUAGUUCGUAUGUAAGCAUAAUUAUGCCUAGGCGUGUAUGUAAGUAGAUCUAUUCUUAUGUAAGUGUUGUUGUUUUUGUGUAUAGGCAGUAUACUUCCGUUCCGUUGCUAUCACUUGAUCUAACCAUACGAUACAACCCAUAGAAUAUCAAACGAGCAGCCCCAACUAUAGCAACGUGACACUAACGCAGCUCAAGUCUCAACCUAAAACCGUUUCAAAGUGCACGCAUCCAAUGGAUUACUUUUACGAUUACCAAUUACAAAUUAUACAAAUACAAAUACCAUUAUAUAUACAUGCAUACGAUUAUGGCAUACUUGUAAUAGACUUUCUUGUAUCGUUUAAGCCUAAAUUUAAAUCCAACUAAACAAAAAACGAAACACAAUUACUAUGUAUGUAAUUAUGCGUAUUAUUAAAUAGUAAACUAAAUUAAAAA